UAGAAACAGCCUUUGUUUUGUCAUAGAAAAAAAAAAAACAGCUUCUUACGCCGCCCGGUUUGUCUCUCUCUCUCUGCAAAACAAAACCCCUUGUUAAUUCUCCAUUCAAAAUCUACCAUGAUCUUCAGAUAGCUUCACAUCAUAGAACCAGAAAAAAGGGUCUCUCUCAACCGUGAAGCAAAACCCUAACCGCUGAAGUUGGAACAAAGAAGGGGUAUAUGGAGAGCAGCAGUGGAAGACCGACCAGAAACGGCCGUGUGCCGCUAUCGGAAGUGGUGGCGGAUUGUGUCAAGCGGUGGUUCAAGGAUACUCUCAAGGAGGCUAAAGGAGGGGAUAUUAAUAUGCAGGUUUUGGUGGGUCAGAUGUACUGUACUGGCUAUGGUGUUCCCAAAGAUGCCCAGAAGGGAAGAAUUUGGCUGACUAAAGCAUCAAGGGUUAGGUCUUCAGUUUGGAAAGUUGGUGAUAAGCGUCCAGGUUAUAAUGCAAGUGAUUCUGAUUCCGAUGAUUUGGAGGAGGAUUCUUAAGCAUACAAAUUUGGUUUCUUGUCUAAACUUUUUAAGGUAUGCUCGUGCUUCUUGAUAUCCCCAUGGAUGUUCUUCCCGUUUUACAUUUGCUCUGAGAGCAAUGCAUGAUUUGAUACAUUGUUUUUUCCAACCAAAAAGAAAAGGAAUCUUAUAACUUUUUGAGUGACUUGUUUGUAAUUGAGGGUUUUUUUUAUCCCUUCCAUUGUUAUAUUACCAUUUAAUGCAAAUAGGAUAGGGAUGUAUAUAGCUUUUUAUUUUCUUAACAUCAUUCCGGAAGGCUAAAAUCUCUAGAGUCCAGACUCGAGCAAAAUUCAGGCAUCCAAAUGGUACUAACCUUCUAAAUUUAGAUUCCCAUUUGUGUGGCUUUAUGGCAUGGGGUGAAACAUUCUCA